GCAUGCGCAGAUGAGGAUUGAAAGAGGAAAAAAUCGCUCACUACCUGACAAGCUGAUAUCUGCUCUGAUCUUCGUCAUUUAGUGCUGCAAAAAUGGCUAAAAUGGUGAUGUUGGCUUCUCCCACAAUAAUUCCUGUAUUGAUGUCGCUGUUCUUACAGGUUAAUUCAUACGGUGACAUCAUAAAGAAUCACACCAAGGGUUAUUGUGUGUGGUACGAUCAAUGUACAACUGGGGACAAGCCGAAGAAUUGCCUUUACAAUGGACCGGCCAAGAAUUUAACCAAUCCAAAAGGUGUGCAGAUAUUGAACAGUUUAUGCCCAGAAUUGAGGGAUCAACCAACAUGUUGUUCAACCAAACAACUGCAAUCGUUGGAUAACAAUUUGAAGAUGUUCAUUCAACUUACCGGUCGUUGUCCCGCCUGUUGGAACAACAUGAGAAGGCUGUAUUGUCAGCUUACCUGCAGUCAGGAUCAGUCGCUUUUCCUGGAUCCAACUGUGGUGUACCCAUUUACACCAUCGCCUUCUAUUAAACAAUAUAUCUUGGAAGUUCAAUAUUUUGUUUCACCUCAAUUUAAACAGGGUCUGUUCGACUCCUGCAAAGACGUCACUUUUCCUGGAAGCAGCGAGAAGGUUUUGAGUCUCCUUUGUGGUACUACCGCCGAGCUGUGCACUCCAGAUAAACUCCUUCGAUACAUGGGAAGCCCAAUCAAUGGAUAUGCUUCAUUCACUGUCGAUUUUCCUGACAAUCUAACUUCAAAUCUUUCAUGGAUGAACCAAACUGUUUUUAAGUGUAACAAGCCAUUUAUAGAUCCCCAAACAAACAGGACAGCAAGUGUUUGUAGUUGCCAAGACUGUGCUGCAAGUUGUCCAGUGCGAAAAGAACGACUGACCAUCAAAUCCACUCACCCUUCACCUGCAGGAUAUCAUCGAUACGCAGAUGAUAAGUGGAUUCCAUUUGGUCCAAUCUUUCACUUGGAGCUGUUAAAUCAGGCCUUGGAGCUUCAAACUGCGAUCUCCACUAUGAAGGUACUAUUUGAGAACUCAACCAUUACCUUAGAGGACAUUUGUCAAAAUUCGACAGAUCACCUGCCAUUUGCUCCACCAGUGACCGAGCGAUGUGAAAUCCAAAGUGUUUUCCAGUAUUUCCAGAACAACAAGACGAGGUUAAAUAAAUGCCUCACCAGCAUGGGUUGGAAUUGCAGCUAUGGACACAAAUUCGAUUUCAAAUUCGCUGACUUCCAUGAUCACCUGUUAUUUUGCAUGAGGUAUCCCGCCUCGCCAUUCGAAGAAAUGCUUCAAGAACCGUGUAUCGCAGCCUUUGGAGGUGCUGUUCUUCCGGGAGAUGUGUUAGCUGGCUUUCCAAGCCCGGUGUAUCACAACGCAACAUCUUUGGAGAUUACAUUUUUGGUGAAGAAUUUCCUCAAAGACAGCAAAAUGGCAGAAGUGAUAGCCUGGGAAAAAGCUUUCCAGCUGUACAUGGAGGAUUAUGUGAAAAAUCCUUUGCAUGCCAAUCUCACCAUUACUUACUCCACACCAGAAAUGUCUAAGGACUUUUUAUACGUAUGACAUGUGCAAGACAAAUUUCCAACUGAAAAAGGUUUAAUUUGUUCUAUAUCACUAACUGCAUGCUCAUGAUUUGAAAACAUAUUAAUUUUUAAAAUUUUUGGGAUCUUUUAACCAUAACAUUAAACGUAGGAUCUCUCGAAAAUGUGCUAGUCUGUCCAAGACAGCUAUUUUGUGGGAAUAAGCGAAAAAGCCAGUCUUCGUCGCGCCAGACUUCCGCUGAUUUUCGCUCCCUCGGUUUUUCGCUCGUGUCCGUUGAGCGGCAGCCCGGCUCAGGCUAAAAAGGGACAUCUGAAUAGAGGGGAACUUCAGGUUGAAUUCGAGUGCAAAAGACGAGGCGAGUGAGAGCUGAAUCUUAUUCAGGUUUACCAUAUCUUAAAACAGUAAGACUGUGUAACCUUCCUUUACUAUAAUUAACUCCUAAGCCCAUGCAAAUUAAUACAAUUAAAGCUGUAAUAAUCCA